AUGAACAAUUAUCCCCUCUACGUCAAUCCAAGGGCAAUUCCUCAAGAUGAGAUUCAGCACUACACUCGCGACUUUGUUGUCGCUGGCUCCUGGUCAUGCAUUGGCCAAGGUCUCAUGUCAAACCUUGAAGCUCUAAACGACAUCGCCUUCGACAACGGUGGCAACAGAGCCUUUGGUCUUCCUGGCUACGAUGCCUCCGUCGACUUCAUCUACAAGCGAGCAUCAAAGGUCAAGAACGCCAAGGUCUGGAAACAGAACUUCCCCGCCCUUUUUGCCUACGUCGACUCGAUUGAUCUCAAAGUCGACGACAAGUCCAUCUACGUCUACGGCUUGACCUACUCUCCCUCUACCACUGCAGAGGGUAUCACCGCCGAGAUUGCUCUUGGUCCUGAAGGCGCUGCUGGUUGCGACGCUUCUUCAUACGAUGGCCUUGACGUCAAGGGCAAGAUUGUGCUGGUGCAGCGAUUUAGAUGUCCUACUGGUGGAACUCUUGCCGGGAGAGUGAUUCCUGCUGCUGCGGCGGGUGCUUCUGCUGUUAUCAUCUACCAUGACUUGUCGACUAAUGUCACUGCUGGUUCGCUCAGCGCGCCUAACCCCGAGAAGCACGUUCCUGCUGGUUUCAUUAACCUUGCUGAUGGACAGAAGCUCAAGGAGAGGAUUGAAGCUGGCGAGAAGGUUGAGGCUCACUUCCAACAGUCGCAGACUAUUGAGGAGAGGAUUACAACGAAUGUCAUUGCUGAGACUACGGGUGGUGAUCCCCGCAAUGUUAUCAUGCUCGGCGCUCAUCUUGACAGUGUUCAAGCUGGCCCCGGUAUCAACGAUGAUGGUUCCGGUUCUUCUCUCAUCCUCGAACUCUUCCUCGCUCUCUCCAAGUACAAGACCAAGAACAAGAUCCGCUUCGCCUGGUGGGGCGCCGAAGAGAACGGCCUACUGGGAAGCAAAUUCUACACAUCCAACCUUGCUACCAAGGACGUCAACGACCUCCUCGUCUAUCUCAACUUCGAUAUGGUCGCCAAGGGCUUCUUCGGCGUCGCUGAUACCGACGGCAGCUCUCACGGAUCCAAGGCCCCCAAGGGUUCAGAGGUGACCGAGAAGAUUUUCAUUGAUUACUUCACCAGCAAGGGUAUUGAGACUACACCUGCUGUACUCACCAAUGGAAGUGACUAUGCUUCCUUCUGGCAGACUUUGAACAAGCCUUUUGGAUUCUUACACACUGGCACGGCUGUUGAGCAAGAUCCUUGCUACCAUCAAGCCUGUGACACCAUUGACAACCCCGACUCCAAGACUCUCACUGUCAACGCCAAGGCUGCUGCACACAUCCUUGCCACCCUCGACGAGCGAGGCACAAAGUUGAUUCCCAAGACCAAGAUCACCGACGCCACUCUUCAGAACCUCCAGCAGCGCAGCGUUGGUCCUGAUCUGGGACAGAUGGAGGAGCUGGAGGCCAUGGGUCUUCGACACUUGGGAUGUGGUCAGCAUGAAAUCUAA